AUGAUAAAAAAAAGUAUAUCUAAGGAAAAAUCAAAAGAUAUUGCUGAAUGUAAUAAGCGAACCAAGAAAGAGGUUGGCAAACCUGUAGGAAUAAGUAAAGCUAUACAGGAUAUUGAUUUACCAAAAAUUUGGAGUUAUUAAAAGGUAGAAAAAAAUUUAAUUUCGUAUUUAAUUAGUAUAGGAAGGCAUGUAAGUUUACAUUUAGCAGGAACAAACAGAAUUAAAAAAAAUAAAUUGUAGGAUGAAAAGAUUAAAUAAAAAUAAUAAAAAUAUCAAGUUAUUCAAAACACUAGACUUCUCUAUGAUUAUUUGGAACGUAUUGCCAAAAGUUUGUUUGGUUGGUAAUGCACAAAAUUAAACAUUGUUUAUUUUUUUAGAAAUAACAAUUUAUUUAAAUUAGGGUAUUAGAAAUAAACUUUAAUUAAUGAAAAAUGGAAUUCUAUUAUAAGAAACAUAAAAUUUUUAUUAAAUGAAGCUUUUUAUUAUGAAUUAAUAGAGAUUUUAAUUUAUUUUGAAAAUAAUUAUACUUCCGAAUAUAUUGCUGAUAACCUAAUUUAAAAAUCUAAAUAAUUAGAUUAAGUACCUUAGCUUGUAUAAAACAUGUUUAUACUUUUAAAUAAAGAAUAAAUAAUUGAGCCUUUGGGAUAAAUAGAAACUUGUGUAUAGCUUGAAAACUUAAAGAUAAUUUAUAUAAACUCUUUAAAAAGCCACAAGACUUACUUAUAAAAAAUGAUAGAUAAUAUCAGAGAAAUUAUGAAUUAAGAAGUAAGCAACAAUAAUUAAUAUGUAAAUGAUGAAGAUUAAGAAAUGCUAAAAAUUAAUAAUGAUAGGGAUCUUGAUAUGGAUUUGUAAGAAUUUUGA